CGAUGCGCUUCCUCUCGGCACGUUGGUUUUUUUUGUUUGUGCAUUUUGUCAAAAAUGUUAUCGUGUGUGAUUUUGAGUGGUUUGAUGAAAUAUGGAAAUAUUUUGGUGCAGUGACGUGAUAUGUGUCUUGUUACGCAAGUUGGACUUUUAGAAAAUCGGUGUUGAUACCAAAUCAACAAAAUGACGUCUCGGUUAGAUCGCCUUUUCGUUCUCCUGGAGGCGGGUGCUGGAGUGGCCACGCGGCGGGCGGCGGCGUUGCAACUGGGCGAGGUGCAGAAAGCUCACCCCGAAGAGCUGCAUCGCCUGCUCGCGCGGCUCAUGAAGCACCUGCGCUCCUCCGCCUGGGAGACCAGGGUGGCGGCUACACAGGCUGUCGAGGCGAUACUAUCAAAGGUCCCAGAGUGGCAUCCGCCGCCCUUUACUACCAAAGAAGAGGAAAUUGAACAAGAUGACAACGGGCGGCUGAGGUGCGAGUCGUUCGACAUAAAGCAGGUUCUAGAACACGGCGCACAUCUUAUGGGCUCCGAGGGGCACGAGUAUGACCUCGAGGAAGAAGCACUUUCAGUUACAGAUAUGAAGGAUCGUAUGGCAAAACAGCGACAGCAGUUAAACUCAAGGCUGGGUUUGGAUGUGGCGUCUUCGCUGGGCAUGGAUAUCAGUGGGGUGUACUCCAACGACGACCUCUUUCCCGCGAAGUCAGCAACCAAGUCCGAAGUUACUAGAAGGCCAGUCCAAGAGCUGAUGUCCAAAGGUCUCAGCUCGCGGGAGAUGAACUUGGCGAAGAGAAAGGCCCGCGCCGCGUUCAGCAAGCAGAAGUCGCGCGAUUGCGAUGACACCCCCUCAACACCCACCACUCCGGUAACACCAACCACGCCCACCACGCCCUUACUUGUACUGACUCCAAUGGAACCGGAGAGAAAGAAGAUCAAACUGGAGCCACUUGAGGAGCUUCCCGAUAUGUCGUGCGGCGGUUGCGCGGUGCCGGGGCGCGACGGCCAGUGGGGCGAGGGCGGGCGCUGGCCGCUGCACGCGUGGUGCGCCGCCCUGCAGGCUCAGCUGGUGAGCGCGGCGUGGGAGGCGCGACACGGCGCCGCCAGCGCCCUGCGCGAGCUGUUACGCGCCCCACUCGCAGCCUCCGCCGGACACCGCGCCGGCAUGACGUCACAGCAAAUGGAGGACGCACACCAGGAAUGGUUGGAAGACAUGGCACUGAGAUUGCUCUGCGUGCUCGCGUUGGAUAGAUUUGGUGACUUCGUGUCGGAUCAGGUAGUGGCACCAGUGCGAGAGACGUGUGCGCAGACGCUGGGCGUGGCGUUGGCGCAAAUGCGCGCGCCGCGCGUGCGUCUUGUCGCGGAGCGCGUCGCGACUCUCGCGCGACAGCCGCAGUGGGAGGCGCGACACGGCGCGUUGCUCGCUUUCAAGUAUUUGCUGGCAGCUAGACAGGAAUUAGCAGUGGAGUGCGGAGCCCUAGAAUACCUUAUGGCUGGUUUAGAAGACGGGGCGGAAGACGUGUCAGGGGUCGCAGCGGGAGCCCUGGUGCCCGCUGCAGCGGCCCUAGCGGCUGCCAGGCCGGAGAGACUCGCGCGACUGGCAGCGAGGCUUUGGCAACUGUUGCGCGACCAGGAUGACCUCGCCACUCCUGCGAACGCUUACAUGGCACUUCUAGCUUCUUUAAUGGCUUUGCCCGCUGCUGCUACUAAGUUACAUCCCAUCGAUUUGACGGACGUUCUGCCAAGAUUGUGGCCGUACCUUGACCACUCUGCCAGCUCUGUACGCAAAGCGACUUUACAAACCCUGCGUACCCUCACUCGACCGCUCGUUACCUCAGAAAUAAACGGCAAUACGAACCGCAAUAAUAAUAUAGAAAGUGAUAAUAAUUGUAAUUCAAAAGUGACCUGUGACGAUAAUAGUGAAAGUGAAGUGAAAAGUGGUGAUGUGAAGUGCAACGGUGAAGUGAGCCAAUACCUGAUGUGGACGCCCGAGUUGUUGCAGGUGGCGAUGCGACACAUAUACCAAAGGGUGCUUUUUGAGCAUGUUCCUGAAAUACAAGAAAUUGCUGUGCAGGUGUGGCAAAAUUUACUACAACAUGCGCCACUGGGUAUGAUCCUGGUAGCAGCGUGUCCUAUACUAGCGCUAUGGCUGUGUCUGGCAAUGCAACCGGCGCGAAUGCCUCUAGACGCCUCGUUGCUGCUGAGCCCGCCCCCACCUCCAGAACCGAAGGAGCGACGCGGUCGUUCCAGCGGCCCCAGCGGCAACGACGAUGAGCCGCGUCCAGGUCAGAAGUGGUACCUCGGCGGCAACGAGUCCCAGCCAGCUGCGUUGAGGGACGCAGCGGUCACACGGGCGAGAUGUCUCGCUGCAGAGAUUUUAGGUUAUUUAUCGUGUUAUCUAGUCCAGCCGGCACCCGGCAUUGAAUACAAAGCAGAAGACGAAAGUCCUAUCGAUUGCUAUGUUAAGGUUAUGGUAGUGUACCUGAGAUCGGGCAGCGCUCUACAGCGGCUGGUUGCCGGUCUAGUGAUAUCGUCGUGGGCGCGACACACCGUCCAAUACCGGCUCUAUCCGCCACCCGUGCUCACCAAUGGCGUUACAUCUGAGGAAAAAGAAAGUAAAAAGGAAGACGACACAGAGGAACAGCAAAGCGAAUUAUUAUCAAAGAUGGCGCCGUCGAUGCUCGUCACGACACUGCACACGUCACUAAACCAGUAUCUAUACUACGACGAGGUCGCACUCAACUGUAAUAGGAUAUUACAAGAAGCUCGAGAUUUGUUAGCCAUGAUGAAGCAUUACAAGCUACCCAUAGAUAAUGAAGAGUUCAAUAAUAUAGUACGGCUCGAACAGGUAUCAGCAAUGACGACAGCAACGCAGCCAUUGGUGGCGGCGAUGAAGAUCAAGCGAGCGGCGCCGUCAUUGGAGGAGCGCCGCGCUGCAUUACAUUCUGCGGUCGCCAAUUGCACGCUUGAACAGGCCACGCUUAACGUCUCUGUCCAAGCAGCGUUAAGCAGUGCGGUGGCUCAACUGGCUGCGCUACCGGAGCGACUCAACCCGGUGGUGCGUCCUCUGAUGGAGAGCAUCAAGAAAGAGGCUUCAGAGGAGUUGCAGAGAGCCUCGGCGAGGACAUUAGCUGCUCUAUUGGCUCAACUUGUCAAUAGGCAAUCUGGUCCCAAUAAUAAAGUGCUAGUCAACCUGAAGGCGUUCCUUAGAUGUGAUCCUGAGUUCACGCCGCGUAUUUCGCUCGAAAACGCCCAAGAAGGCAAUGGCGAUUCCGGCAGCGGCGACAGCGGCACGGAGAGUAAAAAUGAAACACAAACUAGUCAUGGACCUACCUUGGAUAAAUACGACGGCAUCAUAACACUCCGCGAGCAAUACCGGAGCGCGGAGCGAGUGGUGCCGCGCCGUGGCAGACCGCCAGCCGCCCAUACGCAGCAACACAAUCAUGGAGAACUCGGCCUUGAUCAACUGUUCCCUAACGAGGACGAGGCUCGAAAGUUGCUUAGGAUCCAAAGGAGAGGCGCAACGAUGGCUUUAACUAGUCUUACGGAGUAUUUCGGUGACAGGCUGCCGGAGAAAUUACCGAAGAUGUGGGAGUUUAUCACUCAACCUUUGGAGAAAGUGAUGACUGACAAUGAGCUGGAAUCUCUAGAAGAAGAAGCGGCAGAGGAACUGAUAUCGCGGUUGCAAGUUUUGGAGGCGGUAGCUGCAGCGGUGGGCAAAGGUUUAUGGCCGAGGCUUCUUAGCGGCGUGUGCGCGUGCGCCGCACUAACGAGGGCGAAGUACACCGCCCUGCGGCAUAUGGCGGCGCGGGCGUUAGCUGCAUUGGCCGCGAGGGAUACCCAUGCGGUUAUGGAUACGUUAGUUCACGAGUUGAUCGAAGCGCUAUCGGAGAUGCGAAACGAUCGGGUGCGAUGCGGCGCGGCGGAAUCACUCGUGCGAGUGGUGGACUCGCUACAGCUGCAACUUGUACCUUAUAUAGUACUGCUCGUGGUGCCGUUGCUAGGACGCAUGAGCGACCACAACGAAGCCGUCCGCAUGAUGUCGACACGUUGUUUCGCCACUCUCAUACAACUGAUGCCCUUGGACGGAGCGGUCCCGGAACCUGCCGGCCUCUCCCAAGAAAUGCGCGAUAGGAAACUGAGGGACAAACACUUCCUUGAACAACUUUUCAACCCAAAGUCUAUAAAAGACUACAGUAUCCCCAUACCGGUGUCUGCAGAACUGAGGAGCUAUCAGCAGGCGGGUGUGAACUGGCUUCGCUUCCUGAACGAAUACAAACUUCACGGGGUACUGUGUGAUGAUAUGGGUCUGGGUAAAACGCUGCAGUCAAUCGUAGUUGUGGCUGGUUCGCAUUACGAACGCAGAAUCCGUUGCGAUCCCCAUAUGCCGUCGCUGGUCGUUUGCCCACCAACUCUUACUGGCCAUUGGGUGUUCGAAGUGAACAAAUUCAUAUCCACCAAAUACCUAACACCGCUGCAGUACGUGGGUCCGCCCACUGAACGGGAAAAAUUACGUGCUCAAGUACGCUUCUACAAUCUCAUAGUAGCGUCAUACGACAUCGUGCGGAAGGAUAUUGACUUCUUUAGCAGCAUUAAAUGGAACUACUGUGUGUUAGAUGAGGGCCAUGUCAUAAAGAAUGGGAAGACGAAGGCUUUCAAGGCCAUCAAGCAAAUCGUCGCUAACCAUCGAUUGAUACUCUCGGGAACGCCAAUUCAGAACAACGUGCUGGAACUGUGGUCGCUGUUCGACUUCCUCAUGCCAGGGUUGCUAGGUACAGAGCGUCAGUUUACGGCGCGUUACUCGCGGCCCAUCCUGGCCGCUCGGGACCCUCGUGCACCUCCACAUCAUCUUCAGGCCGGAGCUUUGGCUUGCGAAGCUCUGCAUAGACAGGUUCUACCUUUUCUCCUGAGGCGCGUAAAAGAAGACGUUCUGCGCGAACUUCCACCGAAGAUCACGCAAGAUUAUUACUGCGACUUGAGUCCGCUCCAGCGCCGCCUUUACGAGCACUUCUCUCGAGAACACAUGCCUCAGGAUCUCGAAUCGUCACGUACACAUGUGUUCCAGGCUCUUCAUUACUUACAAAACGUGUGCAACCAUCCCAAACUGGUGCUGGUCCCGGAGCACCCCGAAGCGAUGCGAGUCGCCAAACAGCUCGCUUCGCAAAGCUCUUCCCUGGACGACAUCGAACACGGCGCGAAACUGCCCGCGCUCAAACAACUACUACUGGACUGCGGUAUUGGCACAUCAGCAGCCGCUGGAGACUCCGUCGCCGUGGUCUCUCAGCAUCGAGCCCUUAUCUUCUGCCAACUCAAGAAGAUGCUAGAUAUUGUGGAGAAAGACCUCCUCCAGAAGCACCUGCCGUCUGUGACGUAUCUGCGUUUGGAUGGAGGCGUUCCACCUUACCAGCGUCACGCUAUAGUGACGCGGUUCAACACUGACGUUUCUAUAGACGUUCUUCUACUUACUACUGCCGUGGGCGGUCUAGGUCUAAACCUGACAGGUGCGGAUACUGUGAUCUUCGUGGAACACGACUGGAACCCGAUGAAAGACCUUCAAGCGAUGGACCGUGCGCAUCGCAUCGGACAGAAGCGCGUCGUCAACGUUUAUCGUCUCAUUACGAGAGAUACACUGGAAGAGAAGAUUAUGGGAUUACAAAAGUUCAAACUAAUGACAGCAAACACAGUGAUCAGCAGCGAGAACGCGGCAAUGGAGACGAUGGGCACGGAUCAAUUGCUGGACCUAUUCCAAACAUCGGCUGGGCCGGCCGGCCCUUCGACUUCCCAGCAACAACCACCCAAAUCGGCUAUAGGCAACCUUCCAGACCUGUGGGACGAUAAGCAGUACGAGGAAGAAUACGAUAUGAGCACUUUUGUCAAGAGCCUCAAGAAAAUGAAGGCUUAGUCAUAGCUAUAGGUACGCUUUUUAUUUUCAAUAACGUUUACCAUAUGCAAUAGUGAAAGCAAAGCGAUAAAUUAAAUAAUAACAGAUACGACAACUUUUGAAGUGAAGAUUGUCACGUAUUUUAUUGACUUUGAAUUGAGAUUCGUAGAUUUAUAUUUUAUCAGCUUCCACGCUAUGACAUUAAUUUGCAGAUGACGCUUAUAUUAGUUAUAAAUAAAUAAUUCACUACUCACAAUCGUCAUCAAUAGCAUAUAACAUACCACUGUUGGCCUCCACUGACCGGAGAUAUAUUCAUACAUAUAAAAAAUGUUAUACAUUAUUAAACAUCUUUAGAAAUGUAAAACCAUCAGACCAAAACAUUUAUAUUAGAAAUAUGACACUGCACGUUCUAAGACUCUUCAUAUACAAAUUACUGUUAUAAGUGUCACAGGUUUAUCACACCUGCCCCUAGUUAACGAACUUAGCUGUGUAAUAACGUAAAUCUGGAAAAUUAUGACGUCUGGUUCUCCAGUGACAAGUGACAGAUUUACACUGACUUUGAUGCGACGUUCGUUAAGAUGUAAACUAAUGAAUAUGGAAUUUUACUGCCGUAAGAUGCGUCAGUCGUAUGGCUUGAGCGUGCCCAUUCAACUUUAAAGUAUCCCAAUUUCCUGACUAAAGUUUAACCACCGGUAAAAGUGUUAUAUUAUAAUUGUGUGUUUCAUUGUUUAGAAGAAUUUUAAGCUUUAUUUUAAAGUGAAACUUUUAUUGCAUCGCCUCAGAAAUUUUCGACUGUGUGUUGCAUGUCGCGUGACGGUAGGCCGCGGAGUAGGGAUAAAGUGA